AUGAGUAAAAGAAGCGUCUUUAUUGUGGCCGCCAACCGCACUCCACUUGGAUCUUUUCAGGGACGUUUGAAGACCCUUUCGGCUCCAGAACUAGGCUCUUUGGCGAUAAAAGGACUUCUGGCAAGGACAAGAGUAGCCCCGACCCAAAUAGAUGAAGUCUUCUUUGGAAACGUUCUCCAAGGUGGCAUAGGACAAGCACCAGCAAGACAAGCAGCCUUGAAUGCUGGAAUUUGCAACAGAACCCCUUGCACUACAGUGAACAAGGUCUGCGCAUCCGGAAUGAAAGCUAUUCAAUUAGGUUACGACACAAUCAUUGCCGGGCACAACGAGUUAGUUCUUUCCGGUGGGCAAGAAUCAAUGUCAUCUGUUCCCUUUGCAGUGAGUCGUAGAGAACCCACAUAUGGAGGCGAUAGAAUGAUCGAUCUCAUCAACAACGAUGGGCUAACUGACUCAUUUACUGGCAUGCACAUGGGAACUUGCGCCGAGAAAAUUGUUCAAAAACUGAACAUCACUAGGGAUGAGCAAGACGAGUACGCUUCAAUGAGUUACAAACGAGCAAAAGAAGCAUGGGCUAACGGAUGUUUGUCUGAAGUUUCUCCUAUCGAAGUCAACGGCAAAACGAUUUCUCGUGACGAGGAAUUCGAAAAAUUGCCGCAAGACUUCUCUGCGAUCCGAGCAAUCUUUGAUAAACCGGAGGUUGCCUCAAUUACCGCUGGAAACACGUCAAAAUUGGGAGAUGGCGCUUGCGCACUUUUACUCUCAUCAGAAGCCGCUGUUCUCGAAAAUUCAUUUAACCCUGUCGCUCAAAUCGUGGGCCACGCAGAUGCAGCGACGGAGCCAUUCAAUUUUACUGAAGCAGUCAACUUCGCGAUUGAAAAGGCUCUCAAGAAGUAUAACCUUACUGCAAACCAAAUUGACCACUGGGAGAUCAAUGAAGCCUUUGCAUCCGUGGUUAUCGCCGUGGAAAGAGCGUUCAAUGUCCCUCGUGAAAAGAUGAAUCCAUUCGGAGAAUUGGAAUCGGCUGGUCCCUUCCUGAACACUGGCAUGUUCAGGAAGAAACAUCUUAUGCCCCAUGCGAUCUCGAGGAUUCAAGAUGAAGAUAUGGGUCAGCAACGCACUGCUCCAUCAUCGCCCAACAAUCGCUCAAGGUCGGACGAGAGGUCGACUCAAGAGAGCGUGGAUCAAAAGGAUUUUAUAGACGUGCUGGAUAGUCAGUUCCAAAUCGACCCUGUGCUGAGGACUACACUGCUUUGGAAAAGGUUUUCGCGUUACGUUCUGCGAGUGACAUGUGCUGGAUAUCUCCAGGAGCGUGGAAUUAUUAACAAACUGAAGCCUGGAAGUAAGGAGUACGCUCGCAAUCAAAUCCUCUAUACACGGACUACAUAUGCCGCGGUUUUACGUUACAUGAAGGUUUACUUGCAGAAUAUUAUUUCAAUGGAUAGAGGGGAGAUUUACACGGCGAUGGGAACGGAGAAGAGGGAUGUACCUCCAACUGUUUGCAGUAGAAUGUCCGAUUUCUCGGCGAAAUCUGAGCCAAUGUCGCAGGAUUGGGACCAAUCCGUAGAUAUUUAUGUACAUCGCAGCCGUCAAAUAACCGCUCUCGUCCGACAGCUGUUAAAGAAUACCAUACUCAUGAUCACUUAUUGGCAUAAAGACAAUUAUGGACAUGAAUACGCGCUUUUGGAGAAUAUGUUCGUCGACUUCAUAACCAGCUGGAUUUACUUCUUGAGCGCUAAGGACAAUGUAGAAUUGCUUCGGUUUGCAGAGACGCUGUCUGAUAAUUUCACGGAGAUCAGCGAUGAUUUCCGAAAUGGAGAUAACUCGAUCCUCAGAGGCACUUUUACGAAGAUAUGGUGGCUCCUCGAGAGUCCCGAAGGCGACAUUGACCAAUUUCCAACCAUCAAUGAGAUCCGAAAGUCAGCGUUCACCGACCGCCACGGUUAUCGAUUCAAAGUUGGCCGAAAGCGCGAGCCUAGAACAAAGAAUCAAGAUGAGUACGAAGGAGAGACCUCCUUCGAUUCUUCGUUUCAUUCGACUCAAUCUGACGUCUUACGCGAUUGCAUGCCCCAAUUUCCCCCAUCGUCAAUCGGAAGAGAAGACCUCGUUGUAAUUUUUAACUUCCAGGCUGAACGAGUAUGCAAGGUGCUUUUGAGAAUCCUGGCGCGAACACGUAUCCAUUGGGACAAACAACAGUCGAUUAAAAAUAUUACCUUGGUGCACAGUAUUGGAAAACUUCUCGACCAUUCAUCAUCGACAGUUGCCUAUAUGUUGGAUUUAUCGGAGUCGGACCUACUCGGAGUCGGUCGAUUAAUCCUAUGCGCUGAGAAAAUUGCGCAUACGAAAUACGCGAAAGACCACGUUUUCGGCUUCUUUCGACACGCGCUUUCCUGCGUUAGAGUGCUCGACGAAAAGCAGAAUUUCAAUCUUCUCGGCGCGAACAUGGGGCAGCACGAGUACGAUAUUGACAUGAAAGAAGAGAACAAAGAAAAUGAUGCGCCUGGCUACUGUUUUCGUGAGUCUACUAGAAAAAAAAUGCAUCCAGCACACGAAAAACUUGUUGCUGCGAAGUAUGCGGAGGGCAAACCGUAUUUCAACGACACAAUCAAGCUCGUCUUCGAUGUGAUUAAGCUUGCUCGAGAAAAUCACUCUCCUGCGUUACCCUCAACCAUCUUCCAAAUGUUAGAAAUAUUCCAGAAGGAACUCCUGCAACAAGAGAAAGGCUGCGCGCAUGACAUUUCUACUUGGUUUCAACUUUUGACAGAGAUUCUUUCGUCCAAACUAGGUAACGCAAAAUCACUCAUCACUGUCGCCGUCUCGGGAUUACUAUUUGGCCUUUCGACGAAGUCUCUUGAUUCCAAUACAUUCCUGUCAUUCCUAAAUGCUUGCUUCGAGUUUAUCCGCGACGAUUCCUUGAUGAUAUCCUUCUUUGAAAAAUUCAUAAGCCAGCUUAUGUACCUCGCUCCAGAAACAACUCCCGACCCUACGAACGCAAAACUACUCUCAAACUCGCUUGUUAACUUAUACGUUCCGGACAAAUUUAGCAACCUCCAUUUCACUGCUUGUGCUAAUCUGCUCAACUUCCUUCUUAUGAAGAGGAACGAUAACACCUUCGAGGGCAAGCUCGGUGAAUCCAUCCUCUUGAUUUUCACUCAACUUCGCGGACACGAAGCUAUUUUCGAAUGCAAUAAUUUAAGUGUUGCUAUCAAAGCUGCAAAAGAAUCGUUGGAGAAGAAUCAGAAGCUACCGAACGAUAUUUUCUCUCUUAUACGGAAAAUCAGGACUUUUUUGUAUGAACAAUCGUCUCUCUUCGCCCUUGGAAUUCAAAAGCUGGCGAAUUUCCUCCUUCAUCGGAAAGACCCUAUCAACUUACCAGAUACAAUUCUACAGGCUCUCCGUAACUUACUACAGACUACAUUCAAUUUCUCCGGAACUAGGCAUCUGACUUUUCUCUUCGCGGAAGCCAUUCUGUGCAAUUUUUGCCACUCAGACGAAGUUAUCCAAGUUGCACUCCCGUACAGAUUGAAGGCUGGAAUCGAAGGAACGAUCUAUAUUCCGUGCAAGGCUCUGCCAAAACAAGCUUCUGAUAAAGAAGUUGAGAUAAUUUCAUCCCUGUUCGAAACUGUGCUCGACUUCCCGAUUGCUUCUGUUCCUCAGAUUCGAGAGCCGAAAAAAUGGACAAAAGCUGACUUUAUCCACUUCGAAAGAUUGCUUGGAAAAAUUUACGAGUUCAUGUCACUAUUCGACCUAUCAAAACCCGAAAAUAAACGCCUUAAACUAUCAAAAACUAUUUUACAGCUGCUUUUUUUACCGUUCAAGAAUAACAGAAGAUUCACCGAUCCUCGAAUAUGGAGACUUAUAUAUCAUUUCCAUCUCGAAGAUGUCGACAAAUACUUGCGAUCUAUCAAGUGGAAUUUUCUGGAAAACUUCAUCUCUUUCGACCCAUCUUUAUGGAACGAAGUAGUUUCGAUUGCAUGUUACGUCGAUGAACUUCAAAGCGACCGCAAAUACGUGAAGAAGGUCCUUUUGAAACUUUUACCAAUCGCUGGCGAAGACAUGUUCAUAAAUAUAUUGGAAGCUAUCAUUGCAUCCGAUGCGAACCCGGUCGAAAUUGAAGUCGGCCACAAGCCAUUUAUAAGACACACGACGGCAGCAGCAGGUUGUUUAAAGAUCCUGGAAUUUUUUCCGUCUCUCCUGAAGACAGCUGAGUCGAAAAUUCUAGACGUGAUGAGCAAAACGCUUGUGGAGAAGGGGAUGAUGGAUGUAAGGAUAAGGACAGUAUGGAAGCGAAAACAUUACAAAGAUCAUGAUGAUGACCCAAGAUGGAUUCCAUUUAUGGGAACCUGCAUGGCCAGAUACGCCAGCACAUUGGUGUCCAUCCUCGGACUUUCACAGAAUUCGGACCUAUUUGUGCCGCUCUCGUCAAUGAUUUUUAAUAUUGACGAAAAUUCAUCAUGCAUUCAUCCAAAUGCGAUGCUUAUGGCAUCUGGUGCCCUGUUCAAUUUGCCCCGCGACGUGCUUUACAAGGAAGUCGAUGACCUCUUCGCGCCAGUAGAAAAAUGUCCACGAUAUCUGAUCAGUGAUGUGGGCAAAGUCGAGAGCACAAGGCAUGUUUCUAAGAAACUCGGGCCUGCACUAGCGAGAGUAACUACCUACCCUGUAGUUGGACCUCAAUUGUGUGCAAAGCUUCUUACUAUCUACCAUGCCCAUAAGGACGAUGAGAAUGCGUGUGAUGCAUUUGAAAAUCUUCUCCGUCUGGUCUAUCUGCCUGUCUACAACGAACGACACCCGAUUGAACCUAAGAGAAGAUUCAAGUAUGAUAUCGCCUUCGGAGACUUGCCGCUUUUAAUUAAGUUUAUUUAUGCGUAUCUCUGCCAGUAUAGCAAGCUCUCAUACCGCCAGAUCCAGGAAGCGUUGAAGUUCUUCAUUAUUGCAAUUAAGCAAGGAAACGAAGAAGAGAAUGGGGAGCGCAAUGCGAUGACGACCCUCGGCGCUUUAAAUAAUCGAUUUUCGCUUGGGAAACAAACUGUAUUUCUGAACGAACCUUUUGGAGACGCAUACUGCCGCAUGGUUCUUGAAGGCGAUUGGGAUGCACGACUUGCUCUCAAAGAACACUUUUUUGAUCUUUUUAUGGAUCUACGAGAUAACAUAAACGAACCUGAGCCCGGAACGAGUCAACCCAUGGUAGUUGAACACAUGAUCCAGCCCUCCCAAAACCAGGGAAGACCCGUAAAUCAGCGAUAUCCUCCAUUCAUACUCAAAGAGGUGGCUCGUGGUGUUUGUCGAGUGCUCCAUCAGCCGCUGUGCGAAAAGGCGCAGACUCAAAUCUCUUGCUUUUACCUCGCUGCGGAUAAAUUCGAGGCGAACCCGCGUGAAGAAAACUUUCACUGGAUCCUCUUCCCGGCAUCGCAGUAUAACUUUUUGAUGCAACUGUGUGUUCCUGUGCUCAAGGCGCAUUUCUUCUACGAAACGAUUCGUGUCAUAGAUAUUCUCUUCAAGCGCAAGUUUUCCCAAUCAUUUGGCAUUAAGCUCUGGUCUUCUGUCCAUAACGACCUUUUUGUGAGCGAAGUGCUUCGGCAGGAGGUCGUCCUUUAUUGUGUUGAGCUUCUUGGGUAUUUUUGCCGUCUCUGGAGAAUGGCAGAUAAGGAUGAACGCAGAGAGAUGUUCGCGUACUUCCGAAGAUACGUCAGUACAAUCGUCCAACUUUUAAAACAAAAAAGACCGAAUAGCGACAUCGCGUUCCUGCUUAAAUUCUUGCCAAAGAGCGUCUGGGGUAGAAUGAAAUACCGAUGGCACCACAUGGAGAUUAUCAACUACCCUUGUUAUAUCGAUGAGGAGACUUACGCUGAUAAUUUGGGCGAUCUGUUGACACACACCGAUUACUACUGCCAUCAACUUCCAGCGAUAAAAGAGCAACAGAUUCCAUCUGAGGUUCAAGGUCACGCCCUUUCUAAGCUUCAUGAGAUACUUUCAACGUUCUCGUACUUCGAGUGGAAGGUCGAGUCGAUCUCAUCGGAGAUUUUGAUACAACUCGUGAUGCCAAAAUUUUACAAUGCUUCUCGAUAUCUGUCAUUUUCGAACGAUCUCGAACUAACUUCAAUAAAUCUGGCAUCAUAUUUCUCAAAGAAAGUGAAACCAAAGAAACGCGUUCCGACGGAAAGGCAUCAUGUAAAUAUACAUGAAACAAAGUUUGGAAGCAGAGAAGAAUCAAUUAUAAGGCCUGAUCACAAUAAAGAUAUUGCAAGCGAUUACUUCCAAAAAAACGUCGUGCUGCCGACUCUGGAUGAUGUUGUGAAUCCAAAUUCUUCAAGGUUGGAAGUUGUGGAGAUCGCUAUUGUUCACACGAUUGACCCGUUGAAAGAGCUCUGCUCAAAGUACAGACCAGAGUUCCGACAACUCAAUCAUCCCUUCCGUGAAACACUGAAAACGUUGACUAAAAUCUGCAAUCGAAAGAAGAAAGUGAAUGUAACGAGACUCCGCACAUUGCAUGAUUUGGAAAGGAACCCCGAUCAGCAUGAGUCUGAGUCUUUAGUUGAGGAUUUCUACUGGGAUCAAAACUGGAUCAGAACAGAGGAGUUAUUUCAAUCAGAAGAAGAGGACUCUUCCGGACAACCGAUCUACGAAAAUAUUCGCGCCAACACGUCGGAGCCAACCCCAACCAGUCUUCCACCACGGGAAACUUUUGGCAAGGAGAUAAGAAUACAUUCAAGACCUACAAAGCUGACAAUGAACGGCGCCGUCUUCCAGACUCCAAUUAUCAUGGGCAGUAGAGACGUUUAUAUUGCUGCAGUUAAUCGCACCCCUCUUGGCAGUUUUAAAUCAAAAUUAAGAAAGUUCACGGCGACUGAUCUUGGAACCUUGGCCAUCAAGGGUUUGCUUGAGAAAACAGAUGGUGGACUGGGACAAGCUCCGGCGAAGCAGGCAGCCCUGAAUGCUGGCAUCUCGAACAAAACUCCAUGCACAACAGUUAACAAAGUAUGCGCCUCUAGCAUGAAAGCUAUCCAACUGGCGUACGAUACUAUUGUCGCCGGCCACAACAAUGUCGUUCUUGCUGGCGGUCAAGAAUCGAUGUCAAUGGCCCCUUUCGCAAUCGGCCGGAAUCCACCCAAAUACGGCGGUGAUAAGAUGGUUGACCUUCUUAUGAAUGACGGGCUGACAGAUUCAUUUACUGGCUGGCAUAUGGGCACAUGUGCAGAAAAGAUUGUCCAAAAGUUAGGGAUAACCAGGGAGGAACAAGACGAAUACGCAUCAAUGAGCUACAAAAGGGCUCGUGAAGCAUGGUCGAAAGGCUCCUUCACAGAAGUGUCCCCUGUACUUAUUGAUGGAAAGACGGUACUUGCAGUUGACGAGGAAAUCGAAAAUAUGCCGGAAGAUUUCGCUAAAGUUCGAGCUCUCUUUGAUAAGCCAGAAGUUGCGUCAAUUACCGCCGGAAAUACAUCGAAAUUGAGUGAUGGCGCUUGUGCAGUUCUUGUUGUUUCUGCAGAAGCCAUGCAAAAACUCAACCUGAAGCCUCUUGCUAAAAUAAUUGGACAUGCUGAUGCGGCGACGGAAUCGUUUAAUUUCACAGAAGCAGUAAACUUUGCAGUUGAAAAGGCUCUUGACAAGUAUAACCUCUCUGCAGAGCAAAUCGAUCACUGGGAAGUUAAUGAAGCGUUUGCCUCUGUUGUUAUUGCUGUCGAGAAACGGUUUACUAUUCCAAGAGAGAAAAUGAACGCGAACGGGGGAGCGAUAUCGUUAGGACAUCCUUUCGGAUGCUCUGGUGCUAGAAUAACCGGCCGUCUAGCUCUACGACUACUACCAGGCCAGAUCGGCAUGGCGGCUAUUUGCAACGGCGGGGGCGGCGGAGGAGCCAUCUUGCUUCAAGGUGCUUAG